GGGGAAACAUUUGUACUUAGUAAGGUAGAUAACCGGUCUUUAGAGACCAAUGGUGUAUUCACACAUGCACCAGUAGUGGUAGAAGCAAAUGACCCCCAAAACUUCAGUUUCGUAGCCUCAAACCCAUCUAGAAAUACAAGUGUGGAAGACAGGUAUCCCUACUCUGGUAUUUCAUCAAGUCAAGUUAGAAAUAUUGUUCCAGAGGCUGAGCUUAUUAAUCUAGAACAUGAUCAAAGGCCUCCCCGACAUCAUAUUAAUGAUAAUUUAAGAAACCAAUCAUAUAGAUCUGAUUCUCACUUCAAGAUUUCUCCUUUUGAUGGAACAACCUCA